AACAACAACGGAUGGACACCACUCUACUCCGCAUCGUACAAGGGCCAUGUCGAUAUGGUCAAGCUGCUUCUUGAGAAGGGGGCCGACGUCACAGUUGCGAACAACAACGGACGGACACCGCUUCACUCCGCAUCGUACAAGGGCCAUAUCGAUGUAGUCAAGUUGCUUCUAGAGAAAGGGGCCGACGUCAAGGUUGCAGACAACGACGGAUGGACACCCCUCAACUUGGUCUCCAACGGUGGCCAUAUCGAUGUAGUCGAGCUGCUUCUAGAAAAG